AUGCCUCGAAUCAUAGACACUGCACAACGCUCUAAACCAUACAAUCGACCUACAGCUCCUACAGCCGAAGCAAAACUAAUUGUCAAUACCGAAUCACCCAAGAAAGAAAAAGUGAAAAGAGACGUAUCAACCUCCCGAAAAUGGACCUCUGAAGAACUGAUCCAACUAUUCGAAUACGUCUCAAGACACGGUACAGCGAUGGGUAAGAACGGAUGGGAGAAUGCUGUUGAGGGAAGAACAGCUAAUCAAAGUUAUCAAACUUGGUUACAAAGUUUGAGUCCUUUUAUCAAGAAAUCUAUUGCCGGUAAGGAUGGAUCGACCAGGAAAUAG